ACACCCACUGUCAAAUACCGACGACAACUCUGGCCAAAUACUAAAAGUAGAAUGGGAACUUUACGCGAUAAUACGUGUGUACAGUACUUCUGAAGCAAUACAUUGACUGGCAGAAAGUAUCCAAUGGCUUCCAUGGAUUAUAUACGACUAUUGCUCUUUAGCUUCAUAAUUUUUAUAAGCAACUUCAACAGUAUAUAUCCACAAGAAACAACAACAUCUGAAGAUGCAACAUCUGAAGCUACAACAUCAUAUUUAAACACAACUACUGAUACAUCUACAACAUUGGAUUCAACAACUAUAUCUUCAACAACAGUUGAGUCAACAACUAUUUUAUCAACUACAGUUGAAUCAACAACUAUUUCAUCAACAACAGUUGAUUCUACAACCGAAGAAUCAACAACGAGUGAAUACACUACCAGCGAGAAGGUAUCUGCAGACUCAACAACAAUUGAGUCUACAACUGAUGGGUCUACGACAGCUGAAUCUACAACAAUUGACUCUACAACAGUUGAAUAUACAACGGUUGAAUCUACAACAGUUGACUCUACAACUGAUGGGUCUACGACAGCUGAAUUAACAUCAGUUGAAUCAGUUGACUCUACAACUGAUAUGUCAACGACAGCUGAAUCUACAACCGUUGACUCUACAACCGAUGGGUCAACUACUGGUGAAUCUUCAUCAGUUGAAUCUACAACAGUCGACUCUACUGAUGGGUCAACGAUAGCUGAAUCUACAACGAUUGAAUCUACAACUGUUGACUCUACAACUGAUGGGUCAACGACUGCUGAAUCUUCAUCAGUUGAAUCGACAACAAUUGAAUCUACAACAGUUGACUCUACAACUGAUGGGUCAACGAUAGUUGAAUCGACAUCAGUCGGAUCUACAACAGUUGACUCUACAACUGAUAUGUCCACGACAACUGAAUCUACAACAAUUGACUCUACAACAGUUGAAUCUACAACAAUUGCCUCUACAAAUGAUGAGUCAACGACUGCUGAAUCUUCAUCAGUUGAAUUUCCAACAGUUGACUCAAUAACUGAUGGGUCAACGAUAGCUGAAUCUACAUCAGUUGGAUCUACAAGAGUUGACUCUACAACUGAUAUGUCAACGACAGCUGAAUCUACAACAGUUGAAUCUACAAUGAUUGAAUCUACAACUGUUGACUCAACAAAUGAUGGGUCAACGACUGCUGAAUCUUCAUCAGUUGCAUCUACAACAGUUGGCUCUACAACUGAUGAGUCUACAACAGCUGAAUUUACAUCAGUUGAAUCUACAACAGUUGACUCUAUAAUUGAUAUGUCAACGACAGCUUAUUCUACAACAGUUGACUCUACAAAAGUUAAAUCUACAACUGAUGAAUCUACAACUGUUGACUCUAAAACUGAUGGGUCUACGACAGCUGAAUUUACAUCAGUUGAAUCUACAACAGUUGAAUCUACAACUGAUAUGUUAACGACAGCUUUUUCUACAACAGUUGACUCUACAAAUGUUAAAUCUACAACGAUUGAAUCUACAACUGUUGACUCUACAACUGAUAUGUCAACGACAGCUGAAUCUACAACCGUUGACUCUACAACUGAUGGGUCAACGACUGCUGAAUCUUCAUCAGUUGAAUUUAUAAUAAUUGAAUCUACAACAGUUGACUCUACAACUGAUGGGUCAACGAUAGUUGAAUCUACAUCACUUGAUUCUACAACAGUUGGAUCUACAACUGAUAUGUCUACGACAGCUGAAUCUACAACAGUUGACUCUACAACAGUUGAAUCUACAACGAUUGACUCUACAACUGAUGAGUCAACGACUACUGAAUCUUCAUCAGUUGAAUCUACAACAGUUGACUCUACAACUGAUGGGUCAACGAUAGCUGAAUCUACAUCAGUUGGAUCUACAACAGUUGACUCUACAACUGAUUUGUCUACGACAGCAGAAUCUACAAAAGUUGACUCUACAACUGAUGAGUCUACGACAGCUAAAUCAACAUCAGUUGCCUAUACAACAGUUGACUCUACAACAAUUGAAUCGACAACAGUUGACUCUAUAAUCGAGGAUUCAACAACAGUGAAAGAAGUAACAGUAACUGAAGAUUCAACAGCUCUAUCUGAUUUGUCUACUACAGCUAGAUCUACAACAACUGGAUCUACAACAAUUGACUUUACAACAGUUAAAUUUACAACAGUUGACACUACAACAAUUGAGUCUACCACAGUUGACUCUACAACAAUUGAAUCUACAACACUUGACUCUACAAUAGAAGAUUCGACGACAGUAGAAUUCACAACCGGUGAGACAAUAUCGACUAUAACAAUGACAGAAGUAACGGAAACUGAAGACUCGACAACAAGUGAGCCUACUGAUGGGUCUACUACAGCUAAAUCUACAACAGUUGAAUCUACGAUUGAAUCUACAACAGGUGACUCUACAACUGAUAGGUCUACGACAGAUGUAUCCACAUCAGUCGAGUAUACAACAGUUGACUCUACAACAAUUGAAUCUACAACAGUUGACCCUACAACAAUUGACUCUACAAUAGAAGAUUCAACAACAGUAGAAUCCACAACCGGUGAGACAGUAUCAACUAUAACCAUGACGGAGGUAACGGUAACUGAAGACUCAGCAAGUGAUUUGUCUACGACAGCUGGAUCUAAAACAAUUGAAUCUACAACAGUUGAAUCUACAACAAUUGACUCUACAAAUGAUGAGUCAACGACUGCUGAAUCUUCAUCAGUUGAAUCUACAACAGUUGAAUCUACAACGAUUGAAUCUACAACUGUUGACUCUUCAUCAGUUGAAUCUACAACAGUUGUAUCUACAACGAUUGAAUCUACAACAGUUGACUCUAUAACUGAUGGGUCAACGAUAGCUGAAUCUACAUCACUUGGAUCUACAACAGUUGACUCUACAACUGAUGAGUCUAUGACAGCUAAAUCCACAUCAGUUGACUAUACAACAGUUGACUCUACAACAAUUGAAUCUACAACAGUUGACUCUAUAAUAGAGGAUUCAACAACAGUGAAAGAAGUAACAGUAACUGAAGAUUUAACAACAACUCUAUCUGAUUUGUCUACUACAGCUAGAUCUACAACAAUUGACUUUACAACAGUUAAAUUUACAACAGUUGACGCUACAACAAUUGAGUCUAUGACAGUUGGAUCUACAACAGUUGAGUCUAUACCAAAGGAAUUAACGACAAGUGACAUUGGAACAGAAAUAACAAAUGUUGAAGACUCAACGACAGCUGAGUCUACAACGUAUUGGUCUACAACAGCUAGCUCUACAGCAAUUGAAUCUACAACAGUGGAUUCUAAAAUAGAAGCGUCAACAAUAAAAGAAUUCACUACCGGCGAGACAGUAUCCUCUAUAACAAUGACAGAGGAAACAGUGACUGAAGGGUCAAUGACAAUUAAAUCUGCAACCGAUAUGUCUACAACAGUUGAAUCUAUAACUACGGGGUUUACUGCAAUAGAGGAGUCAAGUGUAGGAUCAACUAAAGUUUACUCUAUGACAGCGGGAUCUACAACUGUUGAGUCUGCAAUUGAGGAAUCAACGGAAUCAACGGUAUCAACUGUACAAAAGACAGAAGUAACAGUUACUGAAGAAUCAAUUGAAGUUGACUCUACAACUAAGACAUCUACGACAGCGGGAUCUACAACUUUUGAUUCUGCAAUAGAGGAGUUAACAACAGGUGAAUACACCACAAGUGAAAGGCUAUCAACUAUACAAAUGACAGAAGUAACAGGUACUGAAGAAUCAAUUGAAGUUGACGCUACAACUAAGAUAUCUACGACAGUGGGAUCUACAUCAGUUAAAUCUACAACACAUGACUCCACAACAAUUGAAUCUACGACAGGUGAAUCUAUAAUAGAGUAUCCAACAACAAUGAAAGUAACUGAAGACUCAAAAACGAUUGUGUCUACAACUGAUUUGUCUACGACAGCUGGAUCUACAACAAUUGAAUCUACAACAGUUGACUCUACAACAAUUGAAUCUACAACAGUGGCCUCUACAACAGUUGAAUCUACAGCAGAUGACUCUACAAUACAAGAUUCAACAACAGGAGAAUUCACAAUCGGUGAUAAAGUAUCGGCUACAACAAUGACAGAAGUAACAGGUACUAAAGGGUCAACAACAAUUGAGUCUACAACUGAUCUGCCUACGAGAGCUAGAUAUACAACAAUUGAAUCAACAACAGUUGACUCUAUAAUAGGGGAUUCAACAACAGGAGAAUCCACAACCGGUGAGACAGUAUCAGCUACAGCAUUAACAGAAGUAACAGGAACAGACGAAUCAACGGGAAUUGAGUCCACAGCAGAUUUGUCUACGACAGGUCGAUCAACAACAAUUGAGUCUACAACUGAUUUGUCUACGACAGCUGGAUCUACAACAAUUGAAUCUACAACAGUUGACUCUACAACAACUGAAUCUACAACAGUGGACUCUACAACAGUUGAAUCUACUGAAGAUGACUCUACAAUACAAGAUUCAACAACAGGAGAAUUCACAAUCGGUGAGACAGUAUCGGCUACAACAAUUACAGAAGUAACACGUACUGAAGGGUCAACAACAAUUGAGUCUACAACUGAUCUGUCUACGAGAGCUAGAUAUACAACAAUUGAAUCAACAACAGUUGACUCUAUAAUAGGGGAUUUAACAACAGGAGAAUCCACAACCGGUAAGACAGUAUCAGCAACAACAAUGGCAGAAGUAACAGCAACAGACGACUCAACACCAACUGAGUCAAAAACAGAUUUGCCUACGGCAGCUCGGUCAACAACAAUUGAGUCUACAACUAAUGGGAUUACGACAGCUGGAUCUACAACAAUUGAAUCUACAACAGUUGACUUUACAACAAUUGAAUCUACAACAGUGGACUCUACAACAGUUGAAUCUACUGAAGAUGACUCUACAAUACAAGAUUCAACAACAGGAGAAUUCACAAUCGGUGAGACAGUAUCGGCUACAACAAUUACAGAAGUAACAGGUACUGAAGGGUCAACAACAAUUGAGUCUACAACUGAUCUGUCUACGAGAGCUAGAUAUACAACAAUUGAAUCAACAACAGUUGACUCUAUAAUAGGGGAUUUAACAACAGGAGAAUCCACAACCGGUAAGACAGUAUCAGCAACAAUAAUGGCAGAAGUAACAGCAACAGACGACUCAACACCAACUGAGUCGAAAACAGAUUUGCCUACGGCAGCUCGGUCAACAACAAUUGAGUCUACAACUAAUGGGAUUACGACAGCUGGAUCUACAACAAUUGAAUCUACAACAGUUGACUUUACAACAAUUAAAUCCACAACAGUGGACUCUACAACAGUGGAAUCUACUGAAGAUGACUCUACAAUACAAGAUUCAACAACAGGAGAAUUCACAAUCGGUGAGACAGUAUCGGCUACAACAAUGACAGAAGUAACAGGUACUGAAGGGUCAACAACAAUUGAGUCUACAACUGAUCUGUCUACGAGAGCUGGAUAUACAACGAUUGAAUCAACAACAGUUGACUCUAUAAUAGGGGAUUUAACAACAGGAGAAUCCACAACCGGUAAGACAGUAUCAGCAACAACAAUGGCAGAAGUAACAGCAACAGACGACUCAACGCCAACUGAGUCAAAAACAGAUUUGCCUACGGUAGCUCGGUCAACAACAAUUGAGUCUACAACUGAUGGGAUUACAACAGCUGAAUUUACAACAAUUGAAUCUACAACAUUUGAUUCUAUAAUUGAGGAUUCAACAACAAUGACAGAAAUAAAAGUAACUCAGGACUCAACAACAAUUGAGUCUUCAGCUGGUGGGUCUACGAAAGCUGAAUCUACAUCAGAUACAUCUACAUCAGGUGACACCACAACAUUUGAAUCAACAGCAGGUGAAUCUAUAAUAGAGGAUUCAACAACAAUGACAGUAACUGAAGACUCACAAACAAUUGUGUCUAACAUUGAUUUGUAUACGACAGCUGGAUCUACAUCAAUUGAAUCUACAACAGUUGACUAUACAACAAUUGAAUCUACAACAUUGGACUCUAAAACAGUUGAAUCUACAGCAGAUGACUCUAAUAUACAACAUUCAACCUUCACAACCGGUGAGACAGCAUCAGCUACAACAAUGACAGCAGUACCAAUUACUGAAGGGUCAACAACAAUUGAGUCUACAACUGAUUUCUCUACGACAUCUGGAUCUACAACAAUUGAAUCAACAACCGUUGACUCUAUAACAGAGGAUUCAACAACAGGAGAAUCCACAACCGGUGAGACAGUAUCAGCUAUAACAAUGACAGAAGUAACAGGUACAUCAGCUGAGUCUACAACUAAUGGGUCUGUGACAGUUGGAUUUACAACAGUUGAGUCUAUACCAAAGGAGUUAACAACAAGUGACAUUGGAACAGAUGACGAUUCACCUAUAAUCACCUGCCCUGACAACCAAGUUUAUCAACUGCAAGUAGGAGAAAAUACCAUUGCGGUAAACUGGACCAGCGCAACAGCUACAAACAACUUAGGCCAAAAGAUAGCGGAUGUAGAAAUGAUAUCUUCGCUCGAACCGGGAAAUUACGAGAUCGGAACGUAUCAGCUUGCAUUUCAAGCUACAGAUAAUAUAAAUAACCUCACAGCAAUGUGUACAACAUUAAUUGUUGUUGAAGAUUCGGUUUGCCGUAACGGUUUUCGUCGAUGUCCUGUAUCUAAUGGAGAAUGUAUUCCAGAAGAUUACUUUUGUGAUAAGGAGAUGGAUUGUCCUAAUUGGUCAGAUGAAAAUCAACUUUCAUGUCCGUGUAAUGACUUUGAAAUGCGAUGCAAUAAUACGUUUUGCAUCAAUAUUGAUAAAUUUUGCAACGAAUUACCAUUCGAAUGUACAUCUAACUUCGAUGAAGAAAGCCCACUCUGCGACGGGAGUUGUUUAUCACCCGAAAUAUUGCAAAAUGGAAGGCAAACAAAUCCUGAGGUGCAGCGAAGAAAGUACCUGGAGGGUCAGACAAUAUCAUUUGUUUGUAAUGAUGGAUAUACACUAAUUGGCAACAACACACUGAUAUGCCAGGGUGGUACCUUUCAAGGCACACCUCCAUAUUGCUAUGUUCAAUGCCCAAAGCCAGGCUCUUUCGAAAAUGGAGAAUGGAGUGGAACUAACCUCGUUGAUCAUGGUAACACUGUGUCUGUAAGUUGCAAUGAAGGAUAUGAGUUAUAUCCUUCAGAGCCAACAACCUAUACUUGUUCCGACGGUCAGUUUGUAGGUGAAUUAGGAAAACGGUGCAUAGAUAUCAAGGAGUGUUCAACAGGGCAACAUAAUUGUGAUAGUAAUGCCGAUUGUUCGAAUACUAUUGGCUCCUUUACAUGUACAUGUAGACAACCAACGUAUGAGGGUAACGGAACGGUGUGUACAGAUUUUGACGAAUGUGAAGCACAAACAAGCACCUGUUCAAAUAAUGCCACCUGUAAUAACACAGAUGGAUCUUUCACAUGUGCGUGUAAUGAAGGCUUUGACGGUGAUGGCUUUUUCUGUCGAGAGGAGAUUUACUUUCUCUUUGGGCAAAGUGUGGGUGACUAUUCGCUACGUGAGAAUUACAGACAAUCCUUCGAAGAAUUGUUGUCGUAUGAUUUCAAACCUCUAACCGGCUUUCCAUAUGGACAUGAGUUCCUACAAUAUGUGUAUUUCACUGAAAAUGGACUAUUUGUGCUACAUGGGGAUAAUGAGGAAGUAUUGGGCUAUCCGAAUCCACCGUCGAAUGGCUUUGAGACCGGUGACACCAGGAAUUUAUUCGCGCCUUUCUUUGCAGAUGGUGACUUAAGUAGUGAUAUUGGAGAUGUAUAUUAUCAGGAAUAUACAUCAGAUGAUUUGAUAGGACAGACAUUUUUAGCGGAAGCCAAUGAUAGACUGUUCACCAUACAUCGUGGCAGUAUACCGUCUGGUUUUUCACCAUCAUGGGCACUCAAGGUUACGUGGUAUGAAAUUCCACAAAGGCCUGCUGACCCUACCGUUAACAGAAGAAACACGUUUCAGUCGACCCUGCUAACCGAUGGAAUUUAUAGUUUUGCUUUGUCUUUUUAUGAGGAGCAAAGUAUGCUUUGGGAUCCUUCCCUAGAGGAUCCACAAAACGCUAUACUUGGCUAUAAUAUUGCUGAUUUUGAGACAGUAAACCUCCAGCUCCAAGAGCCUCUUGUCAACAAUAGAUACAGACCGGAUAGUGUUCUUGGAAACACCGAUUUACUCGGCCAAUGGACUUUCCGAUUCGAGGAAAACACAGAUGCAACAAUAAAUCCCAAGCAACGAUGUAUAGAUUGGUAUAACCAGGAUAAAUUAAGCUCUUUUAAUCCAUCGGGUUUGGGCACCUGCCCGUGUGGACUGCUACAAGUUCUUAGAGAUGCCCGAUAUCGUAUAAAAACUCAGAUAACACUUGCUUUAAAUCCAAUUGCCGCCUUGUCUAUUCUGGAAAAUGAAGGCAUAUCAAGCGAUCUUUUUUCAACUAUUGUAACACUCUUAAAUAAUGCUGAUAACUAUGCAAUUUGUUUCCAGUCGUCAACAUUCAACAUUUUUCUGGCUGGCACUGAGUGUUGUUAUCGAUUGGAAGGAGGGUCGUUGAUAGAAGGAUAUAUUGGACUUGGUUCGAGUAGUUUUUCAUUUCUUUAUGGCUAUGUAUUUGGACCUUGGUUUAUUUUGGAUCAAUAUGUUCAACAUAUUUAUUCUGACAUAGUACCCCAGUACUACUGUUGUUAUGACUCUGAUAGUGUAGACAUGUGUAACCUAUACUAUGAACGAAGGCCUCCAGCAAAUUGCCGUUUAUAUAGUCCACCAGCAUUCUGCAGUUAUUCAUCUAUGACGGAUCCAGGAUUUAGCUUGAUUUUGCAAGAGCCAAGUAAUAUUACGUCUGGGAAUGAGAGGGUCUACGCUUCGUGGAGCACUGGCGUUGCAUUUGGAGUUUCUGUCACUGAACAGAUGUUGGAUGUUACAGUAGAGUUUGCUAAAAAAUAUCAAGGAAAGACUAACGGCCUAUUUGGUAUUUGGAACGGUAAUAUUUCUGAUGAUUUAUGCUCGGAAAGUAAUGUUUGCCUAAACACAACCGCAGAGCUAGCUGGAGAUGAAAUAUUUGAUGUAGGCAAUACAUGGAGGCUUACCGAAAAUCAAUCAGCAUUCGUUUAUGGUACUGAGAGUUACUCUGACAUUAAUGAUGAAGAUUUCCGACCAAAAUUUUUAAAUGAACUGGUAGCCACAGCAGAUCUUGCGUUGUUAGCUCAAGCCAACUCCGUUUGCGGUGACAACGAGCAGUGCUUGUUCGAUAUUUUAGCAACCGGAAAUGUAAAUAUAGGAGAAAGUACAAAGGCAACAGAUGACGCCAAUACCAUCGACAAAGAGACCUUAGACAAUAUACCACCAGUGAUACAUGGAAUUAUUGAUAAGAGUCCGGAGAGCGUCUUAACUGAUGGCAACAAACUUUAUGUGCGUGUAAACCAAAGUGUCAUUCUACAAGUUAAUGCAUCCGAUGAGAAUCCAGAUGACAUCUUGACUUAUUCCAUUGAUACAGAGAUUGACGGGUCAAGAAUUGAUUCAGAAACUGGACUGUUUACUUGGACACCGAACUCUACUGAUUUGGUUAACCUAGCAUUCGAUGUUAAUGAUAAGUCACAGACGACCACACUUUUUAUGGAAGUAAGGAUUUGCGCAUGCGUAAACGGCGGCGAGUGUGAUUUUGAGAGUCUCGUUGAAGGAUCUGAUAUUCCAAAUAACAGAUUUGCGGUUGUACAAUGCAUCUGCCCACCUGCGUGGACAUCAUUCGAUUGUUCUGAAGAUUACGAUGCAUGUAUGGAGAAUCCUUGUCAUACUGGAGUCAGCUGCAGAGAUCACAUAGCGCCAGAGGUGAACGCAACGUGUGGUAACUGUCCCACGGGCCUGUUGGGAAACGGAUUCAAAUGCUACGAUUAUGACGAGUGCUCGAAUGGUCUUGACCAGGUUGAAGGAGUUCCAUUCUGUGAACAUACUGAGUUAUGCGUAAACACACUGGGAAGUUACGAGUGCAGUUGCAGAUCUGGAUAUGACCUGCACCCAAAUGGAAAGGAAUGUAUAGACAUCGACGAGUGUGAUCGUCAAACAUAUACAUGUGAUUCCAACGCAGAAUGUAUAAACGACAUCGGAUCCUACAAUUGUACAUGCAAUGAGGGAUACGACGGUGAUGGCUUUGAGUGCACCGAUAUUAAUGAAUGUCAGACAUUAGCCAAUCCAUGUAAUAUCAAUGCUGAUUGCAUAAAUACCGAUGGAUCUGUGCAUUGCGUUUGUAAAGAUGGAUAUAAUGGCAAUGGCUUUGAUUGUGAUGAUUUAGAUGAAUGCCGCCAAGAAACAAGUACAUGUGAUGAGAAUGCUGAUUGUAGAAACACGAUUGGUUCUUAUAUAUGUAGCUGUACAGAAGGCUUUGAAGGUAACAGCACAGACUGUUUUGACAUCGAUGAGUGUGUAGAAAGGCCACUAGACUGCCAUCCAACAUCGAAUUGCACCAACACCUUUGGCAGCUACACGUGCGUCUGUUCAACAGGUCACCGUGGAGAUGGUUCCAGUUGCGUUGACAUUGACGAAUGUGCUGAAGAUCCUGACAUAUGCAAAGAACUUGAGGAGUGUGUGAAUAUCGACUCUAGCUAUCUGUGUCGAUGUAUCCCGGGUUACGCAAGAGAAACUGACGAAGCAGAGUGCACUAAUGUAAAUGAAUGUGUUCCUGUUAACGGAACUACUCCUUGCUCCGAAUUAGCAGUCUGUACUGACACUAUUGGAAGCUAUACGUGUAGUUGCCUCGACGGUUAUACUGGAAGUGGAUUUCUUUGCAAUGAUAUUGAUGAAUGUGAGAGUGAUCUACAUGACUGUACUGGUAAUUCUGAGUGUCAGGACCAAGAAGGCAGUUAUGUGUGUGUUUGUAGAUCUGGAUACGCCGGAAAUGGAAUAACUUGUAUAGAUGAAAACGAAUGUCUGAUGAUGGAUGUGUGCCACAGCCUUGCAUCUUGUAAUAACACUAUUGGGUCAUACCAAUGCAUUUGUGUGGAUGGAUACAGCGGAGAUGGAAUUGACGCUUGUACAAAUAAUGACGAAUGCAGUAGUUUUAAUAACCUGUGUCACGCAUUUGCCAACUGUACUGAUACAGUUGGGUCAUACAUGUGCACGUGCAUAGAAGGUUACCGUGGUGACGGGUUCGACACAUGUGAAAACACAGAUGAAUGCAUUGACCAGUCGGAUAUUUGUAAUACCGAUGCAACGUGUACAGACACUGAAGGCUCAUACACGUGUGCAUGUAAUGAAGGGUUCGAGGGAAAUGGGUUCAUUUGUAAUGAUAUUGACGAAUGUGUGCGUACCACAGAUAACUGUGACGUCAAUGCUCGCUGUAAUAACACAAUAGGAUCGUACACGUGUUUUUGCAACAUUGGUUAUGUUAGUCCGGAAGGACAGAAUGCGCGACAAGGCUAUUGCAACGAUUACGAUGAAUGUGCAUUCCUUAUUGACGAUUGUCAUGAAUCUGCUCAAUGUUCGAAUACAAUCGGAUCAUACAGUUGCGCAUGUAAAUCUGGAUUUACGGGAAAUGGUUACGAAUGCGAUGAUAUCGAUGAAUGUCAAGCAAUUGACUAUCCAUGUGAUAGUGAUGGAAAUGAGCGGUGUGUAAACACUCAGGGCUCAUAUUAUUGUACAUGUCAAAUUUCAUAUUUUAACAUCAGUGGUCAAUGCAUAGAGGCAGUAUCGAAAAGCCUAAUGGUUGAGUUCAUGUACAUCAAGGGAUGGAGUGUAGAAAUGUUAUAUAAUCUGUUCAAUUUCGAUGAAAUCGCAGUGACACUCGCUGAAGACAUGGACGCACUUUUUCGAAUGAGCAUUUUCGCAGAUCAAUAUUUUGGUGCUGAAACUACUGGAUUUUAUAAUGUAACUGGUGGGCUAGGUGUAUCGUUUAUCAUCAAUUUCGAUAAAGAGUUAAACGUGACGGAUGAACAGGUGCUGCAAGCGUUCUUAGAUGGACUGGCAGGCCGUGAUAUGGAUUUUCUUGAACCUGAUAGUCAAUUACUUAGAAGCAACGUCGAAGUUAUGGAACUAGUAACCGACCCUUGCUUUGCGGGUACAGAUGACUGUGGAGAAAGAAAUUUCCAGGAGUGUGUGUAUUUAGGCAACGAGCAGUACAAUUGUCAAACAUGUUUCGAUGGAUUCUCAUUGAAUAGUACCGGUAAUAGGUGCGUGGAUGAUGACGAAUGUGUGGUGAACCAGUGUCCCCAAGGUUCAAUAUGUGAAAACACAAUUGGAAGUUACACUUGCAACUGCACAGACCCUGGGUAUAUUUUGGUUGACAACGUGUGUGUUGACGAUGACGAGUGUGCCAGGGCGAAUGAUUGUUCACCUAGAUUUGAAUGCAGAAACACUGACGGCAGCUAUGAAUGCGUUUGCCCUGGCGGAUUUGUCAAGCAGGAAGGUCAAUGCGUCGAUGACAAUGAAUGUUCAAGAGACGUGUGUCCAGCAGAUGCAAUAUGUAGCAACACGGAAGGUAGUUACUCUUGUCAGUGCCAAACUGAAGGAUAUGAAGUUUCUGACGGCGCAUGCGUCGAUAGAAACGAAUGCUUACUUGAUGAUCCAUGCAACGACUUAGAAAAUUGUUCCAACUCAGAAGGCAGUUACAUGUGCAAUUGCAAAAACGGGUAUGAACGCGUUAGCAAUGUUUGUAGAGAUGUUGAUGAAUGUUCAACAAAUCCAUGUGAAACUAACGAAGUGUGUAUAAAUAGAGACGGUUCCUACGAGUGCGUGUGUGAGUCUGGCUACGUUUCCAACAGCGGCGUCUGUGUUGACAAUGACGAGUGCAUGGAAACUUCUAAUAUAUGUGGAUCAAAGGGAAUAUGUCAAAAUAGGGAAGGAGGCUACACAUGUGACUGCAAUGACGGAUAUGUACGCGAAAACGAUGCUUGUCUGGAUGUGGAUGAAUGCUCAGAGAACCCUUGUGGGGCCAAUAAGGUUUGUGUAAAUACCGAAGGUAGCUUCAGUUGCGACUGCGAUGUAGGAUUUGUUUUAGUCGAUGACGCAUGCGUUGUUGGGACAUCAUUUCGUGGAGAAAUCCGUGUUGUUGAAGUGAACGAAUCAAUAAUAUUCACAUGUAGCCUCUCCUCAACCUGCUUUUCACUAAAGCUGGAAAAAAAAAUUAUUUAUUUGAAUACUUUCUCUUUAAAAAUCUUAUUCAAUGACCAUAAGUUAGAAAAAGAAAGUCCGAAAGAGCAUGUCCGAGCAAACGUUAUACACACUCCUCUUGUAAUUUCGAUUACUUUAAAAUUCAGAACAUUUGGUCCGUAUGUCCUAUCUAACAUUCCUUCAAAAGUGAGGACCUCCUAUUUCAUUAUGAUAUUUUCGAUCAAAUAUUUCUCAACAACGUCUCAAGAAUGCCUCGUGACAAUGAACCAUAUAUAUUCGUUACAGCAAGCUCAAUUUUGGAUUCUAUAUUUUGUGUUUCAUCAGAUAAACGAUAUUUAUAGUAAUGUUUUAUCAACGAAGACAACCUUCUAUACCACUACGAUACUUGGCUUCAAGGAGGGCAGUAUUAUCGUAGUUUAUCAAUUAGAUUUUUUCACAUCAACAACUCAGGAUGGAGACGAUCUCCUCCAGUUACUCCGUGGGGAAGCAGACAGAGAAGAUCGCUUAUUUUCAGUGGAUAACGACCUCAGUGUUACCCUUGAUUUAGAUUAUGAUUAUGUACCAGAAGUGUUGCCGAUUACUUGUGCUGAAGAUUAUUGCACUAAUAACGGUGUGUGUGAAAUAGACGACUUACUUGACAGGGUGUGCAGUUGUUGGGAGGGUUUUACUGGAGAUCGUUGUACAGUUGACGAAAGAAGUAAUGAUAGAGUAAUGAUCAUAGUGAUUAUAAUAUGCUGCACUUUUAUUGGAAUACUACUGUUCGUCCUGCUUGGACUCUGUAUUGUUAUCUUUAUGCGGAGGCGAAAAACCAUGGUGUUGGCUCAUCGUAAAAGUCUGGCCAGCGGAAUCGUGGUACAUAAUCCGGCUGCACAGUUGCGAGGAUUAUCUUCAACUUAUUAUGAUUCGGUCUCAGUUUCCUCUUCAGUUGGUGGAGAAGAAUCAAGAAUGGACAAUCUGGCUAAGGUUAUAAGAAACACAAACUAUCUAAAUGAGCAAUUGAGGUCGUCAACAUUUUACCUACCGGAAUCCGAUGACUCUGAAUUUAUACGUCCAUAUGUUGCAACGGGUCAAGAGGCAGGCAAUAGAGAGACAAGAACAAGAUCGUCACGGGGUAACGGUCAAAACGAGCAUAUCAAUAACUGGUCAAGAAGCCUAGCAAACAUGGAUUAUAGCACAUAUUAAUAAAUCUAUCAAUCAACAUUAUUUAUUAGUUGAUCAAUAUUAUUAUUCUGUCAUCAUUUCAGAAAAUUGUUUUACAGCAAAUAAUAAGUACUAACAGCUGAUCUUA